AUGAUUUUGGACAGUCUCGUUGAAAGAAACUUUUCUCUGGAUGCGUGGAGUGUAAAUUCCUCAGGAAAUGUGAGCGAGGUUUUCGAGCUCCCGUUGUACAACAGACAGAUCAAGAUCAUCUCCAUGACGGUCAUUUUCAGCCUGGCUUUGAUAGGUAACCUGGCGGUGCUGCACAGGAACUAUUGCAGCAAAAGCAGGAGGCGGAAAAUGGAUGAACUGGUCAGUAAUCUGGCUGUGGCAGACCUGUGUGUCUCUGUCCUGCUCUUGUUGGCUCAGAUCAUCCAGGAGGUGCUGGAAGAAGAAUGGCAGGCUGGAGAUCUCGCGUGCAAAAUGUUGAAAGUUUUCCAGGCUUUUGGACUGAUUGCUUCUUCCGGCAUCAUUGUCAUUGUCGCGUUGGAACGGCACCAUGUAAUAGUCAACCCGCUGGCAUCUCCUCUCCCUACCAGGAUCCUGACUGCUAUCAUUUGGAUCGGUGCUUUCGUGCUGUCAAUUCCGCAAGCCUUUGUCUUCAAACUGACAGUGCAGCAAGGCAGGGAGAAAUGUCUGAGCGUGUUUGGACACCUUCCCAAAUGGCACUUCCAGCUAUAUAUCAUAUUUGGAGCUGUUACUGUGUUUUUGGCUCCCUUUUGCACCCUGUGUGUGGCGUACACCAGAAUCCUCUGGACCAUUUGGAGGCAGAAGCAGCACAUCGGAGACUGCAAAGCAAGUGAAAAUGUUGACCAAAAGCAACAGAGAAAGAUCCAAAUUCUCGGUACCAACUGCUCUAUUCCAAGAGCCAAAGUGAAGACUCUAAAGAUGACUUUGGUCAUGAUCAUAUUCUUUAUAAUCUGCCGACUACUUUAUUUUGUGAUAGAGAUGAAAGUUGCCUUCGGGACCAUCACUGAGACAGACACCAAGGUGAUUACAGUUUUGGGAAUCUUUGUGGUUUCCAACAGUGCUGGCAACCCAUAUGUCUAUCUGUUCUUCAAAACCAACAAUGUCUACUUCAGACGACUGGAGAAGAGCGUGUGUUUCACCUGUCUGAAAGAUUACAGAGAGAACACAUUUCACAGGGAACUGUGCGCAAUUGGCAAACGAGUAGAGCAGUCUAGCGCGACCACUACAUCAUCCAUACAAUUCCCUUUGUCAGACUCUUGUGUCUCAACAGGGAGCUCAUAUCCUGAGGGAGUUCUGUCUGAAGAGCGCAUUCCCCAACCGGCAUCACUGUCCACUGCUGACAGUAAUCAUUGUUAUUGA